AUGAACAUUGGUUUUAUUGAAGCACGUAAACGUUUCGAUUUCGACUGUGUUAUAUUUCAUGAUGCCGACUUAAUACCAUUGGAUGAUAGAAUACCACAUGGUUGUGAUGAAGAGAUGAUGGAGAGUGUGGUUCAUUUGAGUGUUGGAGUGAGUUCAUGGAAUUAUGUUUUACCUUACCAAUCAUUGAUCGGUGGUGUUUUGAAAAUAUCGACUUCACACUUUAUACAAGUUAAUGGUUAUUCGAAUAGUUAUUGGGGUUGGGGUGGAGAGGACGAUGAUUUGGAGAGGCGACUGAAAGCAUCAAAAAUUAUGUAUAAACACAUUGAAACGUCAAUAGGCAGAUAUCUGGCUCAACCUCACACUAAACAGGUUCGAGCGAAUAGACGUUUAGUACUUGAUUCAUUAAAAAAUGCUGCCAGUCGUAUGUUCACUGAUGGAUUGAAUUCUGUAAAAUAUAAAGUUUCAGCCUAUUCUGAGAAGCAACACUACACACAUUUUUUAAUUACAUUAAAAUAAGUUUUUUUAAGAUUCAAUUGCCUGUUUUUCUUACCCUUAAAUAUUGUAUAACCUAGUUCUUUACACUGUGAGACAAAACUAUUUUUAUAUUGAAUGAUACUUUCAUUUAAGUAUAGAGGUAAUCAAGAAAGAAAACACUGAUGUAUUCUCAAGUUC